ACAGGCUCGGGCAGCGGUUUGCAACAGCGCAUGGUAGGAAACAUAACAGUUGGGUGAUUCUGGAAGAAAUCUGGAAAUGGAGGAGGAAGUGUUAGGUGCAGAGAAUGGAGUGGGCUGAUCUCACAUGCAGAUGCACUUGAAGCUUGUGUUGGUCUUGGUUGAUGACAUCAUCAGAAGUAUGUCUGAGCACAAUGGAGAGGUCACAUCGAUCCGUGUCCUUAACAAAACAGCUGGAGGUCAAGAAAAGAGGAACCUUUAAGAUUUAAUCAAUGUUUUCUCUACAGCUGCUGUCUGUCUGGAGUCUCUGAUUUUCAGUGUUUUCAUCGCUUGUCAUAUAAUGCUUACAGAUAAGGGAUUGUCUUUAAAAACAAUGACAAAAAAAGAUAUAUUUUACAACACAUUGUUUCAUUGUACCUUUACAGAAAAUUAUUCCAUAAUAUCUAAAUUUGGGGGUGGGGUCCCUUUUGGCUAAACUAAGUUAUUAACAAGUCACAGUAGUUUAGUCUAAGAUAUAUUUUGGUAGAGUACUGUUUGCUGAGGUGAUGUAGUUGUUAAGAUAAUUCUUGUAUCUGUACUAAAUGUUCCUCAUGCAAAUGAGUAAUUUCCUGAAUUUACCAUCUGCUCCAACUAAAGUUCCUAAUAUGAUUCUUAUGUGGGGAUCUGGUACAAACCCUAUGGAGUUUAUCAGAUAUUGUGGACACAUGUACCAUGCUUAAGCAAGUGCAAAUAAGUUGGAAAUUUCCAUCCUAAUGUUUCAAAAUAAAAUAAAAAAGUAAAGCUACAAUGUUCCAUGUUUACUGGUUUCUAAUUUUGAUCACAGUUUUAUUCCCAAAACGUGUUUUGUUGAAGUGUCUCUGUUAUAUCCCUGCUGAAAAAACAAUAAAACCAUUACAGAAAACUCUAAUGGUUUACAUUAAAAUACCAAUAGGAACCUUUAGCUUUUACCAUUACAACCACUACACUGUACUGUGUUUUGGGUCAUAUUCCAUUAGAACCAAUACAAUUCCCAAUAAAACCAAUAGAAUUUCUGUGACGGUGUCUGUUGUUUUUUUGGCAGGGAUUUUAAAACAUGCUAGCAGAACGUUGGUAUACGCACAGCUAAUAUUCAUUCAAAUUUCGAUUGAAUUGAAUCUUAUUACAAACAUAAACAACUGUUUAUAAAUGCUAUCGUACGUUCAACACUAUGAAGUAGCGAUCUGCGCAUGCGCAGGCUAAAACUCCUGUUUUUAGGAAGUCAGAAACUCUGGCGAAGCGACUUUUCCCUUCUGGCCUGUAGGAAUAUUUACGGAUCGUUAAAUGAAGAAUUUCAUUAUAAAUCUCACAUUUUGAGAACAAAGAAGAGCAUCGUGUAACGUUACUUGUAUUAAGACACAAACUGCAAUGUUAAAGAGCGAUAUAAGUUACUUCUUCUGCUCACCUGGAUCUGAUGUUUGUGUGGAGGACUGAUAUCUGACUGAAGAUCACCUUGAAUCUCCAGACUGCUGUUGUCGAUCAUGUGGAUCCUGCUGUGUUUGAGCUUCAUUUCAGUCAUGACAGACUCUUGCACGAGCCACAGUUCGUUCACAUGUGAGCCAGUGCGUGUGCAGUGGUGUCAUGGCAUGCCUUACAACAGCACGUUUUUCCCCAAUAUGCUUGAACAUUAUGACCAGGACAUCGCUGCCAGUAUGAUGAAGCCCUUCAUGCCCUUGGCUAACCUGCGGUGUUCCCCUGACGUGCAUCUCUUCCUCUGUCAAUCAUUUGUUCCUGAGUGCACAGAACACACGCAUGUCCUGCGUCCGUGUAGAGAGCUGUGCGAGCGCGUGGUGUCUGACUGCAGCAGGGAUAUGCUCACGUUUGGAAUCAGCUGGCCUUUAGAAUUACAGUGUGACAGAUUGGAAUCAUGCCACUUUUCUCCUGCUGGUUCUGCAGUUUCGCCUAUCGAAGACGCAACCAUGCCCAGAAGCUCUCUCAAUGCCAAUCGGGACCUGGGUUUCUGGUGCCCUCUUCAACUGAAGACUCGCCCAAGUCAGGGCGGCUCUUUUCUCGGGGCUCAAGACUGCGCGCCUCCAUGUGACAACAUGUACCUGAAAGCACAUGAAGUUCACUUUGCUAAGACCUUCAUUGGCGUGUGCUCUGCUGUGUGCUUGUGUGCGACCCUCUUUACUUUUUUAACCUUCCUCAUUGAUGUGAAGAGAUUUCGCUACCCCGAGCGGCCCAUUAUCUUCUACGCCGUUUGCUACAGUUUCGUCUCUUUAAUCUAUUUCGUUGGUUUUCUGUUGGGUAACCAGGUCGCCUGUAACAAGCCUAGCAUGCCGGGGCGCGUGUCGACUGUGGUACUGGGCACCCAGAACCGCGGCUGCUCGCUACUCUUUAUGCUGCUGUAUUUCUUUUCGACCGCAGGAAUGGUGUGGUGGGUCAUUCUGACCAUCACGUGGUUUCUAGCGGCGGGGCCCAAGUGGAGCUGCGAAGCCAUUGAGAAAAAGGCAGUGUGGUUCCACACGGUCGCCUGGGGACUUCCUGGAGCGCUCACGAUCACGCUGUUGGCGCUGAACAAAGUUGAGGGAGACAGCAUCAGCGGCGUGUGUUUCGUCGGCUUGUACGACCUGCCGGCGCUGCGCUGGUUUGUUGUGGCUCCUCUGGCAGUGGGGGUGCUGGCCGGCCUCUCGCUGCUUCUGGCGGGAAUCGUGUCUCUCAACCACGUGCGUCAGGUGAUCCAGCACGACGAACGGAACCAGGAGAAGCUGAAGAAGUUCAUGAUCCGCAUCGGAGUGUUCAGCGGUCUGUAUCUUCUACCUCUGCUAAUGCUGCUUGGCUGCUACCUGUACGAACAGGCUCGCCGUGGCACCUGGGAGAAUACCUGGAUCAAUGAGCGCUGUCAGGAAUAUGGCAUCCCCUGCUCCUACAGCAGGACUGAUGCGGACCGUCCUGAGCUCUCGCUGCUUCUCAUGAAGUAUCUCAUGACGCUGAUUGUGGGAAUAUCAGCUGUGUUUUGGGUGAGCAGUAAGAAAACCUUCUCAGAGUGGGCAUCAUUCUUCACCAGAACUCGCAAAAAAGAUCCCAUCAGUGAAAGUCGUCGUGUUCUGCAAGAGUCCUGCGAGUUCUUCCUCAAACACAACAGCCGCGUGCAACACAAAUCAAAGCACUACAACCCAUCCUCGCAUAAACUCAAGGUCAUCUCCAAGUCCAUGGGCACCAGCACAGGCGUUCCUACACCUGUGGCCAGUAACCAUGACAACACACCCGUGUCUAAGGCCAUCAGCCAGAACCUCUCAGAUCGCCAUCAUUCCUCCGAGACGUCUGCAAGAGAACGUGCCGAGCCGACGCCGGCCGAGAGAUGCGGUUCCAGUCAGGUCAUCAGCCGCGCCGAAAGCCUCCGCAGGAUGACGGUGAAAGAGAGUUUGCUGGAGACUGGACAAUGCCCCGCUCAUAGCAUCAACUCCCAAUGAAAUCCCAGAAUGGCUGUAACGUCCGGUUGGGACUCAUUCUCUGUGGUUACUCUUGAUCUGUCUAUGCAGCAUUGGAAGAGUGACUGAAAUUCCUGUUAUGCGUUCAUGCAGUUGAAAUCUUGACGGUAGAAUCCCUUUUUUAGACUUUCAGCUUUAUAAGGACAACAUCAACUUGUCUGCAUUUCUGGAGCGGCAGGUUAGGUAUUGCACAUUCCUUACCUUUUUCAUCACUGGAAAUUAGUCGUUACACUGGAUUUUGGCCUAAACAACAAGAACUGAAGCCACUGGAAAGGAUUUGUGCUUGGUUUAAAGUUGUAUAUGAUUCUUGAAAUGCAUGAAAAAGUGGAAAAAGUUGGACGGAGUACAAGUGUACGGAGUCAUUUGCUUACAUUUGUACAAGAAAUUUAAAAUGAUCAAAGCUCAGAAAGUCAUGUUUCUCCAGGCUUGUACCCAAAUUAGUCUUACGCAUUUGCAAAAGAGCUUUUUUGAGCUUAAAAUAUCUCAUUGCACGCACAAAAAAGUGUCAAACAACUAAUUGACAGGUAGUUUUUAAAUGCAUCUCAAAUAUGUUCAGUGCACGGCUGCAUGAAAGUCCUAAAGCUAAGAAAUCCCUUAGAUAUAAGGUUAAGGAUAUCCUCCGAAGGAGUGAAUUCCUGAUAUCUGCCUCCUUUUACUUCCAGCCUUUUGAAUACUUUUUAAUCAGAUCAAUAUUUAUCAUCCCAGAAAUUCAAGUGAUUUAAGUAAAUUCUUCAUGCUUAUAUGAAAUAAGCCUGUUUCUCAGUGUUAAAAUCACAAGUAAAACAAUUAUUUCUUGCCAUAUAAAUAUAACUGUGCAUUCUGUGAGAGAGCACUUUUUAUCAUAAUGUUUUAUUACACUUUCCAAACAAACUGUGCUCUGAGGAUGGUAAGAUUCUGUGCCUAAACUUGAACUGCUUGCUCUCAUAAUGUUACUUGGACUAGAUGUGUUCUGAACUGUGUACUGUACGUCCAUACGUGUGGAAGUUUAUCUAUAGGUCAUCCAGUCAGAAUCAUGAAGUUUGGCAUAAUGACGGCGUUUUUAGGGCUGCCCUCGACCAAAGAUUUUCCUAGUCGAUUAGUAGUCGUUCAUUUUCGCUAUUAUUCUACUAAUUGCACGUUUAUGAUACUCAUUUAUUAUUUAAAUAUAUACACGGUGGAGGGGCAUCUGAUUUGAACGUUGUGUGUAAUAUUUCUAACAUUAUUUUAUGUUACAGAGACAUACUGAACCAUAAUAAGCCUUUGAAAUAUAAAUUAAGCGCUCAUGUUUAAUAAAUGCAAAGUAUUACCAUCAGUUACAAUGUACAGCUUACGCUCAAUUCAAAUGAAAUUAGUUUUACCUGGUGACCUCUAGUCAUUUUUAUAAUUGCGGAGGUUGUCUGUGAUCUUAGCCAUGUCUCUAAUUUUUCAAGUAAAAAUUCUCCCGCAAGUGACCUACCAUAUUUCGUCGAACGCCGAGGUCCUGUGAUCAUUUAAGUACUUUAGUGUGAAUCUGCCUCUCUGUAAUUUGGCCAGGAUUUGGCAGGUUCACAUAUAAUUGAACUGCUGCCACGCUAGUGAAAUUUUAUGGGUGUCGCUGGUGAUGGGUAAAACCAUUUUGAGGGGCAGGAGGGAUUUUAAAUCUGCGAUUUCUGCUUGAGAGGAGUUUGGUGCGGGUCUCCUUGGCCUUCAACAUGUAGGCUAUGAACUUAAAAUAUACUUAUAAAAUAUUAUCUGAUUUAUAAAUGGCAAUGGGGGUGGCAAGACUGUAUCCCAGGGGUGGCAGCUGCCACCCCAUAGAUUCGCCCCUGCUUAACUCUCCUAACCUCGAUAAGAAAAAGACUAAGUGUUCACUUAAGGAACCAUAAGUUCUGCUAUGCAUUGCUACAAAGUCCUAGUACCCAUUUUAAAUGAAGGGACUAUAUAUAACAGGUCCCUUAACGUCACACGCGAUGUCUGAUUUUAUGGUUAUUUAAGAAAAGUAAGUAGCAACACACACUUCUAACGAUCAAAAUAAUCCCUUAGAAAAAAAGUUAUGCACGUUUUUAGGAGAAUAUCGGUUUGAUCGUCAGUCAAUCCAAAGUUUUAAUUACUUUGAAGAUUUAUACAUGCAGUACUUUACGGUUUGUUAUUUGUGAAAUUUCAUUGUACACAAAUUUGGUAAUUAUAGAAACCAUUUUCCAAAAUGCUUAGUAUAAACACCAAUAAGGGUGAGAGUUAAAACGUUUGUUGCAACAAUCUUAAAGAAAUUAUUUGUCCCCCUCAGAAAACCCUCACUUAAGGAUUUUCAUGCAACCGGGCACAGGUCUGGGAUUUUUGCUUAUCCAAAGUAACUUACAGUAUGUUGAAGAUAUAUAAAUUUUUUUUAUCCCUAAUCCUAGGGGAUUCAAACCUUGUAAUGCUAAUGCAAUGCUCCACCAUUGCUACAGGAACACAUUUGUAUAUGGACUUUACUUUCUGCACAAGGACAUUGUCAUGCUGGAACAGAAAAUGAUCUUUCCAACAAAGUUGCCUAGAAUGUGUUAAACCAUAUAAUUUAUGUUAACACUGCCUGCCUGAGUUACACAAAAAGAAAUGUAAAGUACGUAUAAAAGAGAUUAAAUGUAAUAUAUCUCAAUUAAUAGAUUUGAAUUGUUGUAGUUAAUGAUGCAUGUUCAUAUUGUGUACUGAAUCGUGCAAGUCAAAUACUGCUGUAGACUUGUGAUGUAUUUUACAAUAUUUCAUUUGUAAUUUUUAACGCUUUUGUCAAUAUAUGUUUGGUUCUGUGUCCAUCAAAUUCAGAAUGUAGUGCUUUUUUUGCAAAUGCUGAAGUGUUACUGUGAUCUUUGUUCACCGUCUGUAUUUCAAUAUCUUUUAAUAAAGCUGUCAUUAUGUUUUAGAAAUCACAGAAAAA